AUGGAUUUGGAUAGGCCGAAGCGUUAUUUUGCUUUACAUUAUCUUUUGCUUAGAUUCCUCGGUCUUGGCUGGUGGCACCAUCCCGAUGAAGGAGACACUAGGAAUUUUCCAGGGCCAUACCUGUACUAUUCGGUAGUCACAGAACUUGUCUGGGUCGCCGGUUUCGUGGGGUUGGAAACCAUUGAUCCUUUUGUUGGCGAGAAAGAUCUAGAUCGCUUCAUGUUUAGCCUUUCUUUCGUCAUAACACAUAAUCUCACACUCAUAAAACUGUACAUUUUCUUCUUUAAAAAUAGAGAAAUUCAAGAAAUCGUUCGCACUUUGGAAAUUGAUGUACACCAGUAUUAUCAGAAUAACGAACGAAAUAGAAGAACCAUUAGAAUCACGAGAAUUUUGUCUGGUGCAUUCCUGUUCUUCGGGUGGAUUACAAUAGGAAACAGUAAUGUGUACGGUAUCAUUCAAGACAUUCGUUGGAAAUCUGAGAUUGCGAACAACAAUGGCAGCGUGGAAAACCCACCUAGAACUCUACCACAACCGAUUUACAUACCGUGGCCGUAUCAGUCAGAUCGCUCUUAUAUUUCCACAUUUCUCCUGGAAACAAUAGGUUUGCUAUGGACUGGUCAUAUAGUAAUGACAAUAGACACGUUUAUCGGUUCAGUUAUAUUGCAUAUGAGUAAUCAGUUCGCAAUAUUACAAGAAGCCCUAGUAACUGUCUAUGAACGAACGCUAGCCAGCUUUCCAGGCCUCUACGAAGAAAGAGUAACUAGCAAUUAUUUGGAAGAAUUGAAAAUAAACAGAAGCAAAGAUUUCGAAAACGUUUUAGAGAAGGCCAUAUUGAAUUGUAUUCGUCAACAUCAGUUAUUGAUUUCAUGUGUAGAGAAAUUUGCCAAGACGUAUUCCUAUGGCUUUAUGACUCAACUUGUAUCCAGUAUGGCAGCCAUUUGCGUUGUAAUGGUCCAAGUAUCGCAAGAUGCAUCCAGUUUUAAAUCAAUUCGAUUGGUGACUUCGUUAGCUUUUUUCGCUGCAAUGAUCGUACAAUUAGCCAUACAGUGUUUUACUGCGAACGAAUUAACUCAUCAAGCAAGCCUAAUAUCAGAAGCUGUUAUGCAGUGUAAAUGGGAGUUAAUGCCACCACGUCUUCGGCGUUUACUUGUGAUGAUGAUGAUGAGAGCCCAACGACCUUUGCACCUCACCGCUGCUGGUUUCGCUAAUAUGGACAACAAUUGUUUUUUAGCCAUCAUGAAAGCUGCGUAUUCUUAUUACGCAGUUUUAAGUCAAAAGCAAGGACAAAAAUAA